UUCCGGGUUCCGCCACGCGAAAAGAAAAUGGGAAAAGUUAAAAAAGCAAAAAUGACCCGACCUGGUGGGCUUUCUCUUGCAGAUCAGGUAUUGGAUGACAACAAUGUAAAACAAUCUAGCAGAACAAAGAUCAGAAGAAAGGAAGAAAAAGAUGACGAGUAUGUAGAUGAUAAACUGUCAAGAAAGAUUUUGGAUCAAGCAAGAAAACAGCAAGAAGAGUUAGAAGAGGAACAUGGGGCAACCAGCACCGCAGCAAAGAAGCCUCAACAAAUACAGUUGGGCAGGGCUAGACUUAAGGGGGUGGAGUCAGAUGAGGAGGAAUCUUAUGAGGAGGAGGAGCAUGAAGAAUUUUAUGAACAGAUUCGGAAGGUGUAGAGAAAACUAAUGGUGUCUAUACUGAGCCAGGAGAAGACAAGUGCGAUUGUAUAGAUGGAGGAUUAAAAAGUAGAAAGGGUGAUCAGGAACCAAAAUGUACACCAGAUCCUUGUAAAGUGCCGCUUGAUUUUGACAAACAUCUGUCAAUAUCUGACAGAACACAUGCAAGUCUCUCUGGAGGUUCUAUUGUUAAAGUUGGGGACAUUGUUUACUUCAAUUGUUCAACGACGGAUUAUGACACACAGGAACCUGUUAAUAGAAGAUUCAUCUGUAGAAACAGUCAGUGGAUUGAGAAUGAACAAGAUCUAUCAUGGACCUUCGGAAAUAAUGGCACUUUUCCGAUAUGCAGAAAGGGUAAACAUAUUCCUUGAUUAGAC